AUGCAUUCCAGAAUGGUUCAUCUUGGUCAAGAAGGUCGUCAAAUGUCACAAUCUUAUUCUAUUCACGGUGAACAUAUCAAUGCUGUUGAUCGUGCUCGAUUAAACGAAUUAUUAUUAGAUGCAGCUGAAGAAUGGUCAAAUGUUACUAUCCAUUUUGAACAUAAAUUGAAGAAACUUGACGUCGAAAAAGGUACUAUGGUGUAUCUAGUUGGGGCUGAUGAAUUUGAAGUGACAAAACAAGCUGAUUUUAUUGUUGGUGCUGAUGGUGCUUAUUCCAAGGUCCGUGACCAAAUGAUGAGAAAGAUUAGAAUGAACUUCCAACAAGAAUAUAUCGAUACUGGUUAUUGUGAACUUUAUAUGCCACCAAAGAUUGAAAAUGGAAAACCAACUUAUGCAUUGGAUCCCAAUCACCUGCAUAUCUGGCCUAGACAUACAUUCAUGCUGAUUGCAUUACCAAACCCUGACAAAUCAUUUACUUGUACUCUGUUUAUGCCAUUUGACAUGUUUGAAAGUAUCAAAACUGAUGGAGACUUGAUGAAGUUUUUUAGAACAAAUUUCAACGACGCUAUCCCAUUAAUUGGAGAAGAACGAUUGAAGGAUGAUUAUCGUCACAACACACGAGGAUCACUUAUCUCAAUCAAGACAUCUCCUCAUCAUAUAAAGGACAAGAUAGUCAUUGUAGGUGAUGCUGCACAUGCGAUGGUUCCCUUUUAUGGACAAGGUAUGAAUUGUGGUUUCCAAGAUACUGAAGUACUUCAUCAAGUGUUGGACAAACAUCAUGUCCGUCCUGUAUUAUCUCGUGAUGGCUCCCAUAUUCCUGGCCUGAUGGAAGCUCUUUCAUCUUAUUCUGAAGAACGUGUCAAAGAUGCUCAUGCAAUUUGUGAUCUGGCCAUGUAUAAUCAUUAUGAAAUGCGAUCUGCUGUCACUUCCGUACGUUAUUUGGCUCGUAAGAAAUUAGAAGGUUGGAUUCAACGUGUGAUGCCUCAAUGGGUGACACCUCUCUAUUCUAUGGUCAGUUUCUCAACUCUUCCUUAUUCUCAAGCUAUUCAUCGUUGGCAUCGACAAAACUUUUGGUUAAAUGUGGCUCUUGGUUCGGUUACUAUGACAAUUACAGGUGUUUCAGCUUGGAUGCUUUGGCGCAUGGUAAAAUCCCCUUCGAAUGCAAGACAGUCUCUUCCUUCUCCUACAUCGUCUGUUAAUGUGGCCAGUUUGGUUAAUUCUGCUGCUUCUUCUACUGCCGGAGUCGUCAAUGCUACAGUAAGUUCUGCUACUGCUGCUGGUGCCUAUGUUGGAUCAUCGUUGGGAAUCAAUGGAAAAACUCUUAAUCAAGCUCAAGAUAAAGUGAAAUCAGCUGCAGGAUAUGUCUCUCAAUGGUUAUGGAAAUAGAUGAAAUAUAUUUAGUACACAUUUAUAUAUAUAUGUAUAUAUUAUAUAUUUGAUUUUUGUAUUAGAAUGAAUUAGAAAAUAUGUAUAUGUAUUAUAUAUUUGUAUGUUGAACUGGUGAAUAAACAAAUGUCGUAAACCAAAAAAAAAAAAAAAAUAUUAAUGAAUAAAGUGUAUACACAAUGAAGUAAUAAAA